AAGGAUUGUGGGAAAUAUAACUACCGCGACGGUUGGUGAUGACGCCAUCCGCACGCGACAGAACAAAAGCGGGAGGCUCGUGUUUAUUUGAAGAAACGAUCAGAGAAUGCUUGUCCACUGAGUCGAGUGAGACUGAAGAGCGCUGUUAUGGCUACACAGAGAGUACUCCCACAAAGCAAAGAAACUCUUCUGCAGAACUACAAUAAAAGACUCAAAGAUGACAUCAGGUCAAUUCUAGACAAUUUCACGGAAAUAAUCAAAACAGCAAAGGUGGAAGAUGAGACUCAGGUUUCCAGGGCGACACAAGCUGAGCAGGACCACUACGAAAUGCACGUGCGAGCUGCCAACAUCGUGCGCGCGGGAGAGUCUCUCAUGAAGCUCGUCUCAGACCUGAAGCAGUUCCUCAUCCUGAAUGACUUCCCCUCGGUCAACGAGGCCAUCAGUCUCCGCAACCAGCAGCUGCGCACGCUGCAGGAAGAGUGCGACAAGAAGCUCAUCUCCCUGCGUGAUGAGAUCGCCAUCGACCUGUAUGAGCUCGAGGAAGAGUAUUACUCCUCCAGGUACAAAUAGACCAGUGAUCCCAAACGUGUGCAGUCACCUCUGCAUUCCCUUGCUCACCAACACCAUAAAUACGACGCAUAUGUGCAUCAUAAGAACAUAACACAGGGCGAUUUAUGGAGCUAAAGGUAUUUUUAACUUGCACAACCUUUUAUGGGCUCCGACCGGUUUUCAUUUUACUAAAAUAUCAUCAUCUAGCCAUGUUGGUUUGCUGUUUGUUUUAAUUACACCAUGCCAUGUUGGUCACCCAUAUGCAAUCGUAUCAUACCACUGUGCCUUAAUAAGAGUGGCCAUUCUUGCAGUUAAUACAAUGACUAAAGAAAGAGUACAUUCUCUUUUGAUCCAGUUCGGUCAUGUAGUAAUUUAGAGUUUUAUUCCGCUCGUCAUAAUUCUAACAAACCAGACAUGCUUUUAAUAUGGCAAACAUAUAGCAAAAUCCAUCCAUAUUGUCAUAUCCAUUCAUACUGUAGUCACACCAAAGACAUUAUCAAGCACUUUCAGUAUAACUGAUUUUGCACAAGAAGACCGAUCUGUUAUACGAGUAUAAGUGCGUGUAAAUAUUUCCCUUCCAGGUGCCUUAAAUGAUUGUUUAAGAAUAUUUACUUGCAAUCAGGAUGUGUAUUUAGUCUUAUUAGUGGUGCUGUUUGGGUUUAAUUUUUAUGACAUUAGUAUGAUAUUCUGAGGUUUUAAAUCAAUUCAAGCUGUCUUUGAAGCACACCGGUAUAAACAUUAAUAUUUAUAUGAGAGGAGACAUUUUGGAAAUAAUUCUGGAAAGAAUUAAAAAAAAAAAAAUCUAAAGGACAAUGUACCAUUUGAUAUUGGACUGAGCACAUUCAUUUUGGAUGCCUGAACUCAGUGAUGUGCUUCGAAAUUUAAAGCACUUUAGAAAAAAUAAUAUAGGGUGCUGUGCGUAUUGUAAAAAUUACUUACUUAAAAGAAUCACAUUAAUUUAGCUUAAGACAAUCAUUCAAAAAACGGAAAAUCAAAUGUCAAGCAACAUUAAUUUUGGGAGGUUUCUAUUAUAUUCAUUUUUUUUCCUCUCUCUGUUAAACUACUCAAAGUUUGUGUAAACUGGGAAAAUAUUUAGCUUUGAGUAACAUAUGUCAUGUUCAAAAUGUAAUAUUUAUCAUUUAUGGAGUGAAUUGCACUACACUGUGUUUCUUUGUGGUGACAUUUUAAGCAGAAACGGUGUUGGUCACAUUAGUGCCUGUUUGAAAUGUGUCAGAAUAUUUGUCAGUUUUCUUUUUUUUUUCCACAAACCAACUGGUCAUUUCAAAUUUCAUAAAUAAACCAGAGAUAAAAUAGA